AGCAGUACACCUUCUUCAUCUCUCCCUCUCUCAUGACAGAGAACCUUGUUUUGGUACAACAAAACGGUAAAGCUAGCCAAGUACUAGAAAUAGUACACUCUUAAUUCGACAGAGAGAGAUGGAAAAUGGCGGGAAUAUUUUCUUGAGCAGAGACAGGAGGCAAGAUUUUAAUAAUGCAAAUACUACUGGAGGUUGGGAUAUAUUGGAGGUUAGUGCUUCGAGAUUCAAUUGGUCAAAUCUUUACAACUCAGCGGAUGCUGCAGCGGCGGAGGCGGCCGAGGACGACGGCUCCACCUACCAAGGAGCGAGUACAGCCCACGCUCUUAUGUAUCACCACCAGCAGCAGCAGCAAAACUACUCUCUGUAUGGUGAAGACGGUUCUCACUUGCAUCCGGACCCGCACUUGGUGUGCUUGAAUCUCGGCAAGAGGAACUACUUCGAGGAUGCAACAGUUGUUGAGCGCCACGUCAUCGACGUCUCCUCCUCGGUCGGCAAAAGAGUGAAAGCAGAGUACUCCAACAAUGUUGGAAGCCCCACGAGGUGUCAAGUGGAGGGUUGCCACGUGGCACUGGUGAACGCCAAGGAGUACCACAAGAGGCACAAGGUUUGUGAGAUGCACUCAAAGGCGCCGAAUGUCGUGGUUCAGGGAUCGGAACAGCGGUUCUGUCAGCAGUGUAGUAGGUUUCAUAUGGUGAAGGAGUUUGACGAGUCGAAGAGGAGUUGUAGAAGGAGAUUGGCAGGGCACAACGAGCGAAGAAGAAAGACCUCUAACGAUUCUCUUAUCAGGAACUCUUCUCAAGAGAAGUACAUGAUGAGUAGUGGGAGAUUUUCAUACAUAAUGUCGUCACAAGCGGCCGGGCGUGCUUGCUCUCUUCUGUCAUCAUCAAACUCCCAGCUUGAUUCCUGGGAUCUGUCCUCAAGAUCCAGUGCCGCCCUACGCGAGCUUAUCGCAGAGAACCGCGCUGCAAUGCUUACCCGACAGAUUAUUUUCAAUCAAAAUUCAAACCCAGCAAUGGAUCAAGAUUUGUCUCACUUCUUGUUACAACCUCAACACCACCACCAUCACCAGCAAUACCAGUUGUUACCAGCUGAGCCUUAUAGGCAUCUGACAUUGGACCUCAUGCAGGCACCAAACUCUGCAUUUGGGAUCUUCUCAAAUGCUAAACAACAAGGGAACUAGCAGAAGAAGAAGAGGAAGAAAGGGUAGUCUUGUGAAUUUGAGAAUUUUCAACAGUUUGCUUUUUGAUUGAGUUACUAUCAUUUAUUGUCUUGUACUAUUAUUGAAUUAUGAUUUUAACUGAUCCUU